CUAAGGAUGAGGAGCUGCUGUGUGAGAUGAGGCGGGUUCUGCUGCUGCUGCUGGUGGUGUUGGUGGAGGGCCGCAGGGUCCGGGACCAGCACACACACACGCCGGAGAGUUUUCCUCUGGACUUCACAGCGGUGGAGGGGAACGUGGAGGGCUUCAUGGCGCAGGUGAAGAGCCUGGCGCAGUCGCUGUACCCCUGCUCCUCUCAGAGGCUGGAGCACCAGAUGAAGCUGCAGAUCCUCAAGAACUCCUCUGUCACCUGUAAUGACGGAACACCUGCGGGAACUGGGAUUCUGUCUCCACAACCAGAGGAAAAUCCUCACUGGUGGAACGCAAACACUGUGUUUGUGCCGUACUGCUCCAGUGACGUUUGGAGCGGCUCUACACCAAAGACUGACCAGAGAGGUCAUCAAGGAGCUCUUAACUAAAGGACUUGAUGGAGCCAAAGUCCUGCUGCUGGCCGGAAGCAGCGCGGGCGGCACUGGUGUGCUGCUGAACCUGGACCGUGUGUAUGCGCGUCUGCAGGCGGAGGGUGUGUUCUCGGUGCAGGUGCGCGGGCUGGUGGACUCGGGCUGGUUUCUGGAUCAUCAGCAGAUCAGCGGAGGGAGACUGCAGACACACACUCAGCUGCGCUCCCACUGACGCCAUCAGGAGAGGAGUGCGAUACUGGCACAGUGUGGUUCCCGAGCGCUGCAGUCGAGCUCAUGACGGACAGGACUGGAACUGCUUCUUCGGCUACAAGGUCCAGCCCACAAUCCAGAGCCCGGUGUUUGUGGUUCAGUGGCUGUUUGACGAGGCUCAGCUGACAGUGGACAACAUUCACCUGACGGGUCAGAAACUGCAGGAGAGCCAGUGGAGAUACAUCCAGAACCUGGCCACAACACUCAGAAACACACUCGCCAACGUCACGGCCAUGUUUGCUCCCGCCUGUCUCUCUCACGAGAUCAUCACUAGAAGUUACUGGACAGAUGUGCAUGUGAAGGGCACGUCUCUGCCACGGGCGCUCCAGUGCUGGGAUCGCAGCCUCCGUCACCAUGGCAACAGCAGUGCCCAGGCUCCGCCCCGUGGCUGCCCGCUGCAGUUGAUUGACAGCUGCCCUUGGCCGCACUGUAACCCGUCGUGCCCGAGUGUCCGAGAGCAGCAGAUGAGCGCAGUUCAGUUCCUCACACAGCUGGGCUUCGACAUUCAGCGCAUGGCACAGCAGCAGGGCAUCGAACCCAACACACUACUGGGCAUGCUCAAUAACGGCACCUAGAAAACUCACAGACAUGGCAAUCGGGCAUCGAACCAAACAUGCUCAGUAACACCACCUAUACAACACAGACAGCGCUUUAUGAUGGGCAUUAAACGCAUCACUUAUUGGGGGGUGGGCUUACAAUCAUCCCAACGGUGCGGGCUCUUACAAUCAUCCUAACUCCGCCCCCCCUUAUGUGUGUGUGUGUGAGUAUGUCUGAGUAAGUGUGUGCGCCUGUGAGAUGGAGUAUGUGUGUGUCUCUCUGUCCGUGAGAAAGUGUGUGUCUGCAAUCUCUCGUCUCGAUCAGAUUCAGGGUUGUACAGGAGUGUGAGUCCCUCUGCUGGACACUCCACACACUGCAGAGACGCUAGUUAUGUUUUUCACUUGCUUUAAAUCGUCCGAGCAAAACCAGCAGACUGACCACACACACACACACACACACACACACACACACACACACACACACACACACACACACACACACACACACACACACACACACAAUCACAACAAACAUGACAAGACAAAACACAAACAUUGAGAAAUAAUAUAUUUAGGAGAGAUCAAAUUGCCAAUAAUGCACAUAAUAAUAAUGAUAAUAUUGAUAAUAAACUGUUUUUUUUGCUAAAUAUAAAUAUAAAGGAGGCUUGUUUCACAACAUCAAUAAUAAAUACAACAAUCCUCCUAAAAUGGCCAUAAUUUUGAUAAUACUCCAUGUUCUCCUGGGCUUCAGUGAUGAUUUGUGUUUGUUGACGUCCUCCUCCUCCUCCUCCUCCUGUGGUUUGUUGAUGAUGUUCAGACUGAAGACAUUGUAAGCUACUUUAUAUGUUAUUUAUUUGAUGUGAAUCGUAUUUAUGAGUGACUCUGAGACUUGGCUUUGUGUAAAGUGUACAGACCUGUUGCUGUUUCGUUCGCAUGCCUUCAUCUACACAUUAUCGCUCAUCUCCAUAAGUUGUGUGUUAAUGUCUACUCGACUAUACAGGAGUGUGACUUUAGUUGUCGUUUCUGUUGCUUAUUUCCAUCUUUUAGUCUUUUGUUUACUAGUUUCUUCUAAAAUCCCACAAAAAAUUAGUUAGAAUUGAUCAAUACAGCUGCCGUUUCCUCUGUUAUUUUUUAUUCCAUGCUGGAAAACAAGUUUCAAGGCAGUGUUUAAUAAAAAUAUCAUGUUUAUUAAAAAA